GUCGGAUCCGAAUUGGAGCGGGAGUCGGGUGGAGACCCGGACGUAGCUAGUGAGCGGACCGUGCAGCAGAACAAGUCGGGAAAUAUGGGGUCUCUGCCGGCGGCUUUGCCCAAGCCACCGAAAAUCAAUGACGUAGAGAAAGAUACUCAAUGGUAAAGGCAGCAGCCAGUUGCACGGAGAAUUCACAGGGAGUCCGCGUCAUGAGCUUGUAACCUUUGCGAAAUCACCGGAUCGUUGGAGCUCGGCUUACUAAGUGUCCGAGUUCGAGGCUUUGUGUCGUUCAUCAACACCACUGACGCAUCACACCAAUUGCAAGCGUCAUUGGGAAAUCACCGUUCUCAAACCAAUAAGACCGCCUCCACGACCACGAUUUGACGGCCACGACGCAGUAGGAUCUUGCUUCUAUAUCAAAGCUGCUAGAAGUCUCUGUGUGCGACAUUGCUAGCAAGACUAACAUCAUCAAUAUGGGCGUCUCACUAUCUACCGCCAAAUGGUUGGCUCCGCUAUCCUUCGCUGUCGACUUUGCAGCUCAAAACUAUGGCAUGCUUAGCAGUCCCAACAUGAAGGAUGUUCACGACGCCAACUUAUCGUUCUGGUCCCCUCAGCCUUUCUUCAUUGCCGGGUUUUUCUUCCCCCAACAGCUGUUUCAGCUUGCCUGGCUCUAUCGCCUGUACAAAGCAGACCCCAAAGUAGAGCCCAUGGCCCCCGACGUGGGCACAAUGGUUGACUUUGCGCCUUUCUAUGCCAUAGGAAAUUUCUGUAUUGCCACAUGGAUGAUCUUCUGGAACAAAUCUGACCUGAAGGUUGCAAAUAUUUUUGUCAUCAUCAACAGUCUUGCCCAGCUGUACUUCAUAUUCAAUCGUCUUCCGCCCAUGAACACAAAGUCUGUCAACUCUGUUCUCACCCACGUCGUCGCCAAAACGUUCGCUGGCAUCGGCGUCUUGGACCUUCUACACAACGGUUCGGUGGCGUACUUCGUCCACCAGCAGCCUUCUACCACCAUCAAGGUUCUCACCGGCGUUGGCUUCGGGCUGUUGUCUAGCGUCAGUGACUGGAUCUUUGGAGGUUGUCUAGUCUAUGACCUGAUCGCGCUGUCCGUUGGUCAAUCUGCCUAUGGCAACGCUGGCUGGAGUAGGCUCCUCGGCAUUUAUGCCGGCGGAGCGGCAGCCAUCGUUGGCGCGCGUAAUUUUAUGAGACCGCCAUAUGUCAGCCAGUCUACAGCCGGAUAUCAGCCUCUUUAGUACAUCAAGCUACUGAUCUCCCGCCUGUCUCUACGCCCUACCUCAUAGGAUAUCUGAAUCAGAUGUGCAGUUAGGGUCAUGGCGCUCGGAAUUGGUGGACAGCAUGAUUUUCCCAUUUGCGGACUUUUCUUGCCAGUAAACCGUUGUGCUUAGUCUCAUCCUGAGGGAGUAGUCAUUAUCUUUUUCAACGCCGGGA